CACUUUUUCAUUAUCAAGAUCGACGACAGAUUCCAUCUCACAAUGAGGUUCCUUAUUGGCGCUUUACUUACUCUCCAAACUCUUGUCCAGGCAUCUUCGAUGUCAAGUAUGCCCAAUUCUUAUCCAGUCCCCGAGGCUCCGGCGGAAGGUGGCUUUCGCUCCGUUGUUUAUUUUGUGAACUGGGCGAUCUACGGACGUGGUCAUAACCCGCAAGAUUUGAAGGCUGAUCAGUUCACUCACAUACUCUACGCCUUUGCAAAUAUCCGCCCGUCAGGAGAGGUGUACCUGUCCGACACAUGGGCAGAUACCGACAAGCACUACCCCGGUGACAAAUGGGACGAGCCGGGAAACAACGUUUACGGCUGUAUCAAGCAAAUGUACUUGCUCAAGAAGAACAACCGGAACUUGAAGACGUUGCUUUCGAUUGGAGGAUGGACGUAUUCCCCCAACUUCAAAACCCCGGCUAGCACGGAGGAAGGCAGGAAGAAAUUCGCUGACACAUCUCUGAAGUUGAUGAAGGACCUUGGCUUUGAUGGGAUUGACAUCGAUUGGGAGUACCCCGAAGAUGAGAAGCAGGCGAAUGAUUUUGUGUUGUUACUCAAAGCAUGUAGAGAAGCACUCGACGCGUACUCCGCAAAACACCCGAAUGGCAAGAAAUUCUUGCUCACUAUUGCUUCACCGGCAGGUCCCCAGAAUUACAACAAGCUGAAAUUAGCCGAGAUGGACAAGUACCUUGACUUUUGGAACCUCAUGGCUUACGACUUCAGCGGCAGCUGGGACAAAGUGUCUGGCCACAUGUCCAACGUUUUCCCUUCGACAACAAAGCCAGAGUCCACACCUUUUAGCAGUGACAAGGCCGUCAAGGACUACAUCAAAGCAGGUGUCCCAGCCAAUAAGAUCGUCCUCGGAAUGCCACUCUAUGGGCGAGCAUUUGCCUCGACCGAUGGGAUCGGCACUAGCUUCAACGGUGUUGGCGGAGGUUCUUGGGAGAACGGUGUCUGGGACUACAAAGACAUGCCGCAGCAAGGCGCUCAGGUUACUGAACUUGAGGAUAUCGCUGCGUCGUAUAGCUAUGACAAGAACAAACGCUACCUGAUCAGCUAUGAUACAGUUAAGAUCGCGGGCAAGAAGGCCGAGUACAUUACGAAGAAUGGAAUGGGAGGUGGAAUGUGGUGGGAGAGCAGCAGCGACAAGACAGGAAAUGAGAGUCUCGUUGGAACCGUCGUCAACGGAUUGGGAGGUACCGGCAAACUUGAGCAGCGCGAGAACGAGCUCAGCUAUCCCGAGUCGGUCUAUGAUAACCUCAAGAAUGGGAUGCCAAGUUGA